UGCAUAAAACUUCUUGCAGCAGACGAACUUUCAGUUGGUGGCCAGGCUCAGAGGAAAGACGAAGAAACCUGACAGAAACGGCGAUGGCGUCUUUAGGGUUGCAGAUUCUUGGGGUCGCUCUGGCCGUGAUCGGAUGGUUGGGGAACAUCCUGAUCUGCGCGCUGCCGCUAUGGAGAGUCUCUGCCUUCAUUGGCAACAACAUUGUGGUGGCUCAGAGCAUCUGGGAAGGCCUGUGGAUGAGCUGCGUGGUGCAGAGCACAGGCCAGAUGCAGUGCAAAGUCUACGACUCCCUCCUGGCUCUGCCUCCAGACCUCCAGGCGGCUCGGGCCAUGAGCGUCAUCUCCAUCCUCUUCUCCUUCGGCCUGCUGCUGUCUGUGGUCGGUGGGAAAUGCACCACCUGCAUCGAGGAUGAAACAGCCAAGGCUCGAGUGUGCAUCUCUGCUGGGGUUUUCUUCCUCCUGAGCGGAGCGCUGUGCCUUGUGACCGUCUCUCUGCCGGCCAACACCAUCAUCAAGGACUUUUACAACCCACUGAUUCCUGAUGCCCAGAGGAGGGAGCUGGGUGCCUGCCUGUAUGUGGGCUGGGGGGCAGCGGGGCUUUUACUGAUCGGCGGGGCACUGCUGUGCUGUCAGUGCCCGUCAAGAAGAGAGCACUACAACGGAGUAAAGUACACUGCGCCGAAAUCCGCAACGUCAGGGAAGGAGUUUGUCUGAGCUGCUGAGCAACAGAGAGUCGAACUCACCAAAAGACAGAACAAACUUUCUGAGGGGAUUCUGACUAACAUCAUCGACUAAAAUAAACAGACCUUCUGCAUGAGAAAGAUUGAUAAUUAACUCAUUAAAUGUCAGUAUUC